ACUCGUCCUCCGGCUUCCACCGCAACCCCACAACCGCACGCCACCAACGCCCCCGCCGCAUCCGCCCGCCCGCCCACCGACGAAACCCUAACCCUAGCCCUUCCCCCCACCGCCGCCGCACGCGCUCCCAUGGCGGGGCGCCGAGGCUGCUGAGCGCCAGCCCCCGAUCGCGCGCGACGAUGGAUUGAGCCCGCCGGGACCCGAGGCAUGGGGCCCAACCCUAGCCUGGACAUGCUGGCCGCCGCGGCGGGGAUGGAGUCGGCGGCCGCCGCGGCAGCGGCGGAGGCGCAGCCGAGGGGCCGCGUGGUGCGGAUCAUCGUGCACGACGCCGACGCCACCGACUCCUCCUCCAGCGAGGACGAGUCGGCGCCGCCGCCGCUGGCCACGAUGCCGACGACCAAGGAGGAGCGCCGGAGGGAGCGCAAGAAGCGCCGCCGCGUCAUGGAGGCCGGGAGGAGGGACGACUCGGGGCUGCCGCACCCGCCGCCGUCCGCCGGGGCGCGCACGCCCUCGGUGCGCUACCGCGGCGUGCGCCAGCGCCGCUGGGGCAAGUUCGCCUCGGAGAUCCGCGACCCGAUCCAGGGCCGCCGCCUCUGGCUCGGCACCUUCGACACCGCCGAGGAGGCCGCCGCCGCCUACGACGCCGCCAAGAUCCGCAUCAGCGGGAGCCGCCGCCCGGCCGACGGCUUCCCUUUCUCCUUCCCGCCGCCAGAGCCUGCCAAGCCCACCGUCUUGCGUCUUCCCAUGCCGCAGCCUGCCAAGCCCACCAUCCUGCGGCUUCCCAUGCCACAGCCUGCCAAGCGGAUUACCUCGCCGCCGCCGCCUCCUCCUCCUCCCGAGCCCGCCAAGCCGGCCAUCUCGCCGCCUCCUCUGCCAGCUAAGCCGUUCGCCCUCCCGUUGAAGCUGAGGCUGAAGCUUUCCUUCAAUGCACAGGUCAAGGACAAGGGUUGGAACUGGUGCUCUGCAGGCGAUGUCAAGGAGGAGGAGGACGGGGGCUGUGAUGGCGAGGCAAAGGUUGGGGAUGUGAGCAUUGCAGGCGAGGUCAAGGUGGAGGCUGGGGGCUGUGCAGGGGAGGUCAAGGUGGAGGGUGUGGGCUGUUGUGCAGAUGAGUCGAAGGAGGCCGGCGGUAGCUCUGAGGUCCAGGCGGUCAAGCCGAUGUGGGCGAUGAUCACCGGGAAACGAAAGAAGCGGUCAGGCUGCGGCACCCGUGUCGGCGCCCUCCACGCCUCCUCCGUCUGCGUCGAGGAAGUUGGCGGGACCUGAGGGAGGGUCCAACUAUCCCCGUAAUUACUAUCGUUAGAUCUUCUACUCUUCUGCCUAGCGUCGUCGUCGUCCGAACUUCUUUGGUAUUGUGUAAUUUUUGUCAAGUACUAAACUCCUUGAUGUGCAAACUCAUGACCAUCCUGUCAUAUGAUUGUGGAUGAUUUAAUGUAUAUACACCCUUCAAUAUGGUCGAUAGUCGAUGCCAAGGAUGCCACUUUGAUGUGCAAUGAAA